GCGUUUUUCUCCGCUCCUCUUCAGGUCUUAAUCUUUUUCUUUUAUUUUUAAUCAUGAUAUUAGAAUAGACAAAAAUCCGAGGCCUCAUUUCGGCCCCGGUUGUAUGCCGUCAAAACGCCGCGGCGAGGCGGCGCACUACUUGUGGCCGCCUGACAACGGGUGGUGCAAGAGGAGGAGAGGCGGGGCGGCGUCCGGCGGAGGGAGGGGUCGGGGAGAUGGUGGGCAUGGUGCGACAGACCCCACUUUGGGUGGUGGAGGCGGUGAGAUAGAGGAGGGCGUGAUCCACGUGGAUCGUGAGGCGCGUGGCCCGGGUGACGAGGGAGUCCCGGAACGGGAGGACGUGCCUGAGGUUUAUUCAGGCACUGGGGAGAGGUUGGAGGACUGGCGGAGGCGAGCAGGCAAUGGAGCUGCAACGGAGGGGUCUUCCAAGAGGAAGGAAGGAGGGAGUGAUCCGGCUGCCMCCCCAGCAGGGAAGAGGCUUCGGCAGCAGAAGGUGACUGAUGUCUACGGUGGCGAGUGGGUUGCCCGCCACAAGAAGGCAUUCCUUCGCYGGUUGUAUUCCAGCGGGGUCUCCUUCAAUGCCUUCYGCAACCAGGCGUGGAAGGCAUAUCAGCAGGUGCUUCUUGAGCAGCCUGGCAGUUCCCCGCGCGCAGUGCUCCCCAACCACUGCGAGAUUGCGAGUAUGCGGGCAGUGGAGACCCACCGUGCGGAGUUGGCGGAGGAGUUGGAGGAGGUGAGGCAGCCAUUAUGGGUGACUGGUGCCACCCUCCUCUCCGAUGGGAGGAAAUCACGAGACAGGAGACCGAUCGUGAAUUUCGUUGCUGCUGGCUCUCGAGGGGUCGUCGUGUACACGACGAUCAAUCGAGAGGGCAAGCCGGACGAUGCAGUGCAUGUCCUUCAUAGAUGGGUUACCAUCUUCCACGAGUUUAGCUUUGGCGGGCCGCAGCGGAUCAAUGCGAUAUGCACUGAUUCCGCUUCUGCCUAUGUGGGGGCUGCGAGGGCAUUGACCUCGCCGUCCCUGCCUUCUGCACUGAGGAGGAUCACUUGGCUCCCAUGGCAUCCAUGGUGGCAGAGGGUGGCCACCAUCGUCCAUAUCAUGCAGCCCGUCAUGGAGUUGCUCAGGAGGAUGGAUCGUGGAGGAGAGUACAUGUCCCUCAUGAUCGAGUGGACGCAGGAUCUUGUCCGCCGUGUCACAGUCGCAUGCGCCCCUUUGGGGAUGUCUUUCUCCGACCGGAUCAUCAGGCGUGUGCAGGCUCGCAUACAGCACAUGCUUGAGCUGGCUCACUGCGCAGGGUUCUUACUUAACCCCCGCAGGCGACACGUUCGCUACUUUUCGGGGCAGGUGGAGAGGUACGAUGCAUGGCUUGUAGGGCAAGCCAAGAGGUACAUUUUGACACAGACGGGAUUCGAGCUGGAGGGUGCAGAGUACAUCCUUGCAUGUCGGCAGCUUGAGGACUUCCACAUUCAGCAGGGCAGGUUCGAGAUUGGGGCGGUCCGGAGGGGCGUGCUCGUGGGCGUGCGUGCAGCGGCGACAGCGAGACGAUUGAGUGCGCCGGAGAGGAACUGGGCAGUCCACGAGGGCAUUCACACGAAGAAGCGCAACCAGUUGGCCUUCGAGAAGGUCGUGCAACUUGUUGAGAUCACCGCAAAUGUGAAGUUGACUGAGUAUCGGCGAGCUGGAUGCGGUUAUGUGCUGCCAUGGCAGUGGGACGAGGGCAUGUUGGAUUGCCAGGCAGGACUCGAGUUGGAGCCUGUGCGCACGGGAACUCGCAGGGGGAUGACGGACGAGGAGAUUGCCCGUCAGGUUGCACUUAUUACCCGGGAUCCCAUCGGGGCGUCCACACCACCCUCGGGUGAUGCCGUUUUCGAUAGAAGUGCUUGCAUUUUUUGUCCCUACCCCAAGGACGACGACUCAGACGAGGAGCCGAUACCCGAGGCGGCAGAUGACCCUGCGCUCCGCAUUCCCCGGGAGAUCGACGAGACGCACGAGGAUCCCGGCUCCGAGGACACGAGGACACAGACUGCACGACGGGCGGCGGACCGGGCGGAGAGCGAGAUGUUGGGGGGAGACGAGGACUUUUGGGGCCCAUUCGGUGAGGAGGAGGGGGGACCUUCGGCAGCGGCAGUGGAGAGUCUGAUGGCACCAGCGGCUGUGUCAGACGCGACGAUCGCGGCCGCGGUGGAGGAGAUAGCAGCAGCAGCAGCAGCAUCAGUGCUAGAGGAGAUGGCAGCAUCAGUGCUGGCGGAGGAUCCACCAACGGCAGGAGGAGGUGCGGCAGUGGAGGGGCAGGUGGCAGCAGUAGGAGGAGCAGGUGGAGGAGCAGCAGCAGUGGAGGUUGAGGUGGCAGCAGCACUGGAGGAGGAGGACGCACCGUCGGCAGCUGUAGUGGAGGAGGAGAUAGCCGCACAGGCCGAGGUGCAGCGUGGGGGCGAUGACGAGCGCCUCAUGCAGCAGUUCCUCACGGAGGAGCUCAGUCCGGCCAUAGCGGGUACGACCCUGAGUUUGCGCCGGGGCGACAUCGACGGAUCGGGCUCCAUCGAUGCAGCACACGACAUCAAGGAGCGAGAGAGGGCUAGACUUUUGGCAUCGACUGACCCUCAUGCUCAGGCGUUAGCACGGGCCGUAGAGGACGCCAUGCGUCUAGAGAUAGGGGGGGAUUGUGUGCAGGGUGGGGUGGUGGCGGGGGAGGACGUUGCGGAGGGAGUGGCAGCAGAGCCGGUACCCGAGGCUAUGCCGGGCGGAGCAGAGAUAGCGGACGUUGCUGUGGAGGGACGGACUCAGGCGGUGGAUGAGGCAGUGCAGGCAGGACAUCGACGAGUCAAGGGGGCUAUAGACUCACGACGCGAGGGGCAGGAGAUAGCGACGGGUCCAGUCGUUCCGUUCUCGGGUCUGCACUUGGCUCAGGCCCGACAGCCGCAGGCGGUUCAGAUGGCAGUGCAUGGUGUGCCACCGCCCGUUAUCACAGAUUUGGGGUCCGAGCCGGUGGUUGUGCCCCCACGUCUUCCUAGCCACUUUGCUCCGCAGGAAGUCCGUCGUCCUUUGGAUGCAGAGAAGUUGGCGAGAGAGGCUGUGCGCGAUGUUACUCGCUUGGACCGGCGGAUCUUCGACCGGAAGCUCGAGCACCCACCGUGGCAGUCGAAUCCUUCGGUUCCAUGGGGUCCUGCGUCGCCCGUGUGGUCUGGGUUUACCUCCACUGGAGGUCCACUGGAGGACAUACCGCGAGACAUGUUCCAGGGGUUUCGGGUGGCAGGAGUGUCAACCGAUACCUUGGAGUACGCUCUGAGAGCAGCGACGCGUGCCGUGGAGGAUCAGACUCCACGCAAGCGUGGAGUACCUCCUUGUCCACGCCCCGUGCCUGCAGAGGGAGGCGCAGCACUUAGAGAGAGUUCGAGGGCGGAGGGGUUGGGGAUGCCUCGUAGUUCCCGCCGUAAACAGACCAUUGCGGAGGCUAGUCCGAGGGUUGUUGUGUUGAGGAAGGGAGGAGGCCCAGUCACCAUCGAGGAGGAUGAUCCUGAUACGGAUGCGGCUGUGCGGGAUGCGGACGAGGACUACGAGGGCGAGGAGGAGGGAGAGGAGGAUAGCAGGAGCAGUUCCGAUGGUGACGACGACGAUGACUACGAUGAGCCCCCACCUUCCCCAGGACCCCCACAGACUCGUGCAUCUAAACGCUCCGCUACACGAACUUCUUCAUCCUCACGAGGGAGGAAGAGGUCGACAUCCGGCACUCGAGGGGGCACGAGGAAACACAGCGGGAAGGGGAAGAAGGGUCUUUGACCGAUGAGGCCAACACUCCG